AUGAAAGCCCUUGCCUCAAGAACAUCUCUGUCCAAUACCAGUCUCGGUUCCGGCUCGAACAACUCUUCGACCUCGACAAGUUCCUGGUCUGAGCUGGUCGCCAACAAAAACAAUAGUGCCAACCAGAGCCCGCCCUCAUCAGACGAACGGGAACGUCGGUGUAGCAAUGCGUCAUCUCAGCGAUUAUCUGCCGCGCUUUCCAACUUGCAACUCAAUAGCUACCCUGCCACAGCUCGAAUGGUGAUGCAAUCGCCAUGUUAUUUCCAUCAGCGCUUUGACGAUGCGGUUAACAUUAAGAAAGUACUCGAGGAAAUCGCCGAUGAUGAGUGGUUGUCGCAUUCGCGACUGGUGCAAACUGCCACGGGGGUUCGAGAGGUAUCAAAACAAUUACAGCGACGGCCAAUCAAACGCGCAGUUCGUAAUGUCAUGAUCGUUACUAAGGCACGCGACAAUAGUUUGGUCCUCUUAACAAGGCAGCUCGCAGAGUGGCUGCUUUCAACCCCGCGUUAUGGAAGUGACCUUGGGGUGAACGUGUAUGUUGAUGCUAAGUUACGGAACUCCAAACGGUUCGACGCGCCGGGCCUCCUGCAAAAGGAACCACGGUUCACUCAGAUGCUGCACUUCUGGACCCCUGAUCUAUGUUGGACGUCACCGGAUAAAUUUGAUUUGGUUCUGACACUCGGAGGAGAUGGAACGGUGCUGUUUACUUCAUGGUUGUUCCAACGUGUUGUGCCGCCGGUCUUCUGUUUCUCUCUCGGAAGUCUGGGAUUCCUCACCAAUUUCGAAUUUUCGGAAUACAGGUCACAUCUUAAUGCUAUCAUGGGCGAUGUUGGUAUGCGUGUCAACUUGCGCAUGCGGUUCACUUGUACAGUGUUUCGAAAGGAUCGGAGUAAAGGAGCGGAGGUCGGGGCAGUUGAGGAGGGUGAACAGUUUGAAGUAUUGAAUGAAGUUGUAAUCGACCGAGGGCCAUCUCCUUAUGUGUCGAAUCUGGAAUUAUAUGCCGAUAAUGAGCUGUUGACUGUGGUCCAAGCGGAUGGCUGUAUAUUCUCCACGCCCACAGGCUCAACUGCUUAUUCUUUGUCCGCUGGCGGCUCCCUUAUGCAUCCCUCUAUCCCUGGAAUUCUUCUCACUCCCAUCUGUCCUCACACUCUCUCCUUCCGUCCGAUGGUCCUCUCCGACUCCCACCUCCUUCGCAUUGCAGUUCCAAAUACUUCGCGAUCGACCGCUUACUGUUCCUUCGAUGGUAAAGGUCGUGUCGAGCUUCGUCAAGGUGAUUAUGUCACCGUUGAAGCUAGUCAAUAUCCUUUCCCCACAGUUGUCUCCGACAGCGGCGAGUGGUUCACCAGUGUUCAGCGCGCUCUUCGUUGGAACACUCGAGGUGCCGUUCAAAAAGGUUGGGAUGGUGCUGCAGAUGGUGAUCCCGAUCUUAACGGCGAGGAAGAAGAGCAAUGGGAUAUCGACACUGACACUGGGCCUACCGGUACUGAUAGUGGUAUCGGUGCUAGUGAAGAUGGCGAUGCUUUUUCACCAAAUCCCAUGCGACGACAAAUGAGCUUGCUCAAUAUGUGA